GUGGGGGUAUGAUGUUCUUUUGAUAUGGCAUAUCCCCUCCUGUGCCACUAUAUAAAGGCCCCUCACUCCAGCUUCCCUCUCAUACCACACACUAGCCAUUACAUUCUACAACUUGUCUAUCUCCAUCUCUUCCAUCCUUUGCCCUGCACCCAGCAUUCUCAUCAGACUAUGAAGAUUGAAGGCCGAAGGGGGCAGAUGGGGAGGCUCAACAGAGCUUUCAGGGAGAAGAGAGCUAGGUUCUACAUCUUCCGCCGCUGCGUCAUCAUGUUGCUCCGCUGGAGCGAUUGAUCGAUGUCCAUUGCGGACCUUGUUUUCCAUUCCAUUCUGGAUGGAAUUUUUUUUGGCUCUGCCAUUUUGGUAGGAUUUAGCUAGAACUGAGGUGUAGUUGCUCUGUAUAGUUUGGCAAUGUACCGCUCUGUAGUCUGAAGGUUUCAUUUUGGGAGAUGUCCUUUUUCUCUAGCUUGUGAGAGAUCCAACUCUACAGUCUUGAGAUGUCCCCCCCUCUUGUACAACUUGAGAAAAAUUGAUAUGGAAAAUCACUUCUUAAUUGCCCUACAACUUGAUGGUUCCGUUUGCUGUUGAUGAUGAUCGCCACUGUGGAAACUUGCAAGUUGCAAGACUUGAAAUUGAGUGAUGGCACUUUACUUCUUUUUUCGAAACUGCACUUUUUAAAUGUUUGCAGUGAUUUGUAUCAGAUGCUUUGUACUUUGCACCUUCGAUGGAAAAAAAUGGAAUUAGUUUUUUCUUUUUGUCA